ACCAAACAUUGCUAAAAACAACCAUAUGAACGAACCAGAACAAAAAUUAACCCCUGCUCAAAUUGCUGAAAAACAGGAAAUAAUAAAACAAAAAUACGAAGAAGAUGUCAAAGAAAAAGAACAACAAAUCUUAAACCUCCAAAACAAACUUACUGAUAAAGAUAAUGAAAUCUUUGAAAUACAAAAGGCUAACGAAGGCUUGGCCAAAGACCGGGAUAACUGA